AUGGAUAAGCUUCCACCGGAAAUCCUUCCUCUGAUUUUUGCGGAAAUUUGGGAUCUGUACCCUGAAAGCCUACGAAGCUUGAAUACAGUCAAUAGACUGUUCUACGACACGGCUGCACGUUUUCUAUACAGAACUCUUACUAUUCGGUUUCAGAGCAAUCAGGAAUAUGAGAAAGCCGUUACAGAUGUGUUGACUCUUUCAACCGAUGCCAACUGGCACAAGCACACCCGGCGGGUUGACAUUGUCUGUGGGCAAACAGGGUUGCAGCUGAGCUCCAACUCCGAGAUGGUGAUGGACCAACUUCCCUUUCCAGAAGAUGAUCUCCAUUUCGGCCCGGUGACGGAGAGCCUGACGGAGUGUGAUGGCUUAGCUACUCCGAAGUGGGAACUACUAGUCUCACUACUUGGCAAGAUACAGCAUCUGGUGGAGCUCAACUACGCGGUCGUGAAUAUGUUUCCACGGGCCUUACUGAAAGCCCUGCAUCAGCACCACCCACAAUGCAGGCUCAACAUCCACGCUUUCCGCCUCACGAGCCUCUUCCCGCCCCUGUUCGAUAUUUGCGAGAUGGAUCUUAUCCAGUCCCCUUGUCUCCAUGGAAUUCAUUUUAGCCCCUGGGCCGAGAGCGAAGAUACUGGACCGGAGACUUUGGAUGCCGAAACAAUCUACAGGAUUAUGUCUAUCGCUCCUAAUCUCAAACAUUUCUGUGUUGACUUUGAGCAGUCGGACUAUCCUCUUUCCAAGGCCAUUUCCAAAGAACAAGGGCUUGAUUCAUCGACCACGGCUUUUAAUAUGGGCAAACUGAAGUCACUAUCACUGCGAUUCAUGCAGUCAAAACAGAAGAUACUUCAUGAAGCGAGUCGACAUACGGACUUUUCUACAUUACAGUCACUCGACCUGGAUUAUGUUAAUGACUAUGGUAUCCCGAGGGCAAUUGCGUCGACAUAUUCUUUCCGCGACUUGCAGAACCUAUCUGUCGUCCUUAGCAACUCAUUGAGCAACGGAGCAACGGAGUUGAUGUUUGAAUCGAUCAAUCCAUUGACUUGUCUGAAGAUCAAAAGUACUUUGGGUCCCAGUCUCAUCGAGAAGAUUCUCAUGCGUCACGGCCCAACAUUGCAAGGGCUGGUGCUUCUUCCCGGGCCCGGUCAAGAUCCCCUAUGGGCUGGGUUACCGAAAGGUGGUUGCGCUAAGCAAGUGUUGCGAUACGCUAAGCUCUGUCCUCGUCUAAGGAAGUUGCACAUUGAAACCCAGCGCACAGCCGGAAGUGAGGAUGAAAUACGGCUUUACGAAGCGUACGGUCAAUUUCCUUCCCUGGAAUCCCUCGCCCUGGAUAUGGAAUGCGCCAUUCCCCCCGAGCAAUCAACGAACCCGGGAAGAGUUGAGAUGCCUGCAGUGGCUGAAAUAGCAUUCAACCUGACACUUGAUCCGGCCCUAUGCCUCGCAAUAUGGGAUAGAAUUGCAUCAACCCAGAGAUCCGGUCGUUUGCGAAAAUUGAAACUUCAUCCCCACGCACGCCGCAGCCAGCCUAGGCGCCCCGAUUCCCAUGUUCUCGGUAUGGUGCUCAGUCUAAAACGGUCAUAUCUUGUGCGACGAAGAAUUUUUGACAAACAAGAGCUCCCUAUUAUUGUGGAAAUCGACGCGGAAGGUUGUUUGCCGCUUAACUCCAUGAAGAGGCCUUCCAGGCGUCCUCUGUGGUUCGAAGCAUUACCGCAAAUUAACUACGCAUUUGAAGUCAUAGCAGAUAGUUGGCGGUCCGAAUGGUUGAUGCUUCCACUCCAAAGGCUUGCUGUUGAUCUUUUGACCAACAGGCGCAAGAGGACCCGCGAGGCUGGGGAUAGCGAGCGUGAGACGAAGCUACCUCGCACAAUUGCGCAGUGA